AGAACUGAAGAGCUCUCUGUUAAGUUCACAAGCAAAGGACGGUUUCUUGGAACUUUUAAAAAUUUUAAAUCAUGAAACAUCUAUUCCUGCUACUAUUAUGUGCUCUUGUAGUUCAGUCCCAAGUUUCCACUGACUAUGAUGAAGAUGACACACCUAAGAGCGGUUUGGACGCCCGUGGUCACCGACCCCGAGACAAGAAGAGAGAAGGGGCUCCCAGCCUGAGACCCGUCCAGCCUCCUAUCAGCGGAGGCGGGUACCGAGCUCGUCCGGCCAAAGUAGAUGCCAGGCAAAAGCAGGUGGAGAGAAAAGCCCCUGAUGCCGGGGGCUGUGUUCAUGCUGACCCAGAUCUGGGAGUGUUGUGUCCUACAGGAUGUCAGUUGCAAGACACUUUGGUAAAACAAGAAAGAACAGUGAGAGACAAAGUAAAUGAGUUAAAUAAUAACAUGGAGUCUGUAUCCCAGAGUUCUUCGACCAGCUUUCACUAUAUGAGUAUGCUCAAAGACAUGUGGGAAAAGAGGCAGAGGCAAUUAAAAGAAAAUGAAAAUGUAAUACAUGAGUACACCUCAGAGCUGGAAGCACGCCGACUAUUUGUAGAUGAGUCCUUGAAUAGUAAUAUCCCAACUAACCUUCGUGUGCUCCGUUCCAUCCUGGAAAACUUGAGAACCAAAAUACAAAAAUUAGAAUCUGAUGUGUCAACUCAGAUGGAAUACUGCCGCGUCCCCUGCACUGUCAGUUGCAAUAUUCCUGUGGUCUCUGGCAAAGAAUGUGAGGAAAUUGUCAGGAAUGGAGGUGAAACAUCUGAGAUGUAUCUCAUUCAGCCUCACGCUUCUAUCAGACCAUAUCGAGUAUACUGUGACAUGAACACUGAAGGUGGAGGGUGGACAGUAAUUCAGAAUCGUCAAGAUGGUAGUGUUGACUUUGGCAGGAAAUGGAAUCCAUAUAAACAAGGAUUUGGUAAUAUUGCAACCAAUGACGAAGGGAAAAAAUAUUGUGGUCUACCAGGUGAGUAUUGGCUUGGCAAUGAUAAAAUUAGCCAGCUUACCAACAUGGGACCCACAGAACUUCUGAUUGAAAUGGAGGACUGGAAAGGAGCUAAGGUAAAGGCACGAUAUGGAGGAUUCACUAUACAGAACGAAGCUGGGAAGUACCAAAUCUCAGUGGACAAAUAUAAGGGAACAGCUGGCAAUGCCCUCAUGGAAGGAGCUUCUCAACUGGUGGGAGAAAACAAAACCAUGACCAUUCACAACAGCAUGUUCUUCAGCACGUACGACAGAGACAAUGAUGGCUGGGUAAAUGCAGACCCCACAAAACAGUGCUCUAAAGAGGAUGGUGGUGGAUGGUGGUAUAAUAGAUGUCAUGCAGCCAAUCCAAAUGGUAGAUACUACUGGGGUGGACAAUACAGCUGGGACAUGGCAAAACAUGGCACAGACGAUGGAGUAGUCUGGAUGAACUGGAAGGGAUCCUGGUAUUCAAUGAAGAAGAUGUCUAUGAAGAUCAGGCCCUUCUUCCCACAGCAAUAGUCUCCCAAACAUAAAUUUUUAUUCUUCCCUGUGUAACAACAUUUUUGUAUAUUAUGUCAUUGAAAUGUUAUUUCAUACAUUAUAUCCCUUUAAAAUUGUCAAAGAGCUGUGAGUGUGACUUUUUGGAAAAAAGUAUUUGGGAUACGUGAAAUUAAAAUUAGGACACCA